GUCUUCGUAGCUUCUUACAGUUGUUCUCAUCAUAUUUUGCAACUUAAAUCAGUGCGAAAAGUAGCCUACUAUAUGCGGAUUCGAUUAACGCAUAUACAUCUACUUGUAUAACCAUACACAAUUGCUAGGAUAUUUGCUUACACUUGAUAUUAUAUUUCCAUGUGACCUAUUUAGGUAGUUUACUACACCGGCACACAGUAAGAUGUAAGAUGUAUAUACACAGGACUAUGUGAACGCAAAGUGCUUUUUCUACAUCGGCUUCAACAAGCAUAUGAUGGAUGAUGAUAGCUCUGAAGAGGAAGAGCCAGAAGACUAUGCCCCCGAUCCACGAGAAUAUUAUUCUCACUUCUACCGUGAGAGUGAGAGGCUCACAACGUUCCAUGACUGGCCACAAUCGGCAAAUGUAAAUAAGGAAGAUUUAGCUAAAAAUGGGUUUAUGUAUCUCCAUAUAUCAGACCGCGUACAGUGUGUAUUUUGUAGAGCGUGUUUAGGUAGCUUUGGUCCAGGUGAUAUUGUAGCCGAUGAACACAGGAAAUAUUGUCCCGAAUGUCCUUUUGCGUUUGGCUAUGAAUGUGGAAAUAUACCAAUACCAUCUGCAAAUCGAGUUCAGCAAACAACACAAACUGUGCAGUCAUUGGAUGCAAGAAACAGGGCAAGGCUUGUGACAUCGGGUAACUUUGCACUUUCUUCAAAUAGGGCUGGUCUAGUUCAGCCAAUUUCAACUCCAAGCAGAUCGGCAAAUGCGACUGCUGUGCAACAAUCACAUAGUGUUAUAUCUUUGUCCACCGCUGAUUCAAACCAAGGAGCUGCAGCGGUGAUCACAGAGCCAAAAUAUCGGGACUGGGCGGACGAACAUACGAGAUUGCGGUCUUACAGGGGAUGGCCUGCACAAAUGAGACAAACUCCGAGAGAUCUGGCAGCCGCAGGACUGUUGUACAUGGGUCAAGGUGAUCGCUGUAAAUGUUACUGGUGCGGAGGAGAACUCCAUGGAUGGGAACCAGAUGACGACCCGUGGGUCGAGCAUGCAAAAUGGUUUCCUCAGUGCGGCUUUGUGCGAAAACAGAAGGGAGUUGAAUAUGUAAAUGUCAUCAAAUAUGGAGAGAGAACAAACGUUGAGUCUCCUAGCAACCAGGAGUUCCUUAGACGUCCUCAUGUUCUGGCUGCAUUGAAUGACUAUGGAUAUACACAUGAGCAGGUCUUGGAGGCAUUACACACAUAUGGUGUCCUGAUCCUAGUAACCGUGCAGGAUAUCAGAAAAUACGUUGAGGAGUUAAAUAGCAAAAGACAGGCAGCCCAAACGCAAGCAAGACUCUCUGAACGUUUUGCAAGUUCUAACCGGUCAGACAUUUCGGUUGCCAUGACAGACCGUGGUCAACUAGUCGCCCAGCCCAGUGAUGACAUGGGGGUUUCAAGUGGUCAGCUGUGCAGUGAAGAUGUAAGGAUGGAAGGUAUGGAGGAAUCGCAAGAUACUGACAGCCUCACUCAGCAGCAAAUGCAGAACCUCAGUCUUUUUAGCAACUCUAGUUCCUCUAUCAGUUUGUAAACAUGUCUGUAUUUGUUAUGACUUUAAUACGACAAUACAUAAAUAAACAUUUUGGAUUGGUUGCAUCUUAAUGUAAGGGGUUCUUAACAAAUACAUGCCAUUUAAGUAGUUUCCAUCCAAAAUGAUGUUCACUACAAGCAUGUUUCCCAUAUUUAAAUGUGCUCCAUUGUCCGUUAUGUUUAAGAUAUAGAUAAUUUUCUUGGACACGAUUUACGAAAAAGUGAGGAAUGUGAAAGGUCUGCUGGGGCAAGAACAUGUGUAUGACAUUCCUUCCUUGUCUUUACCUAAUAGCGUGUGAUGAUUGCGCUUAAGGCUAAAUACUCACAAUAUCUGCCGAGGAGUUAUUGAAGACCCCGUAAUAGUGAGCUUGUCCGAAUCAGACAUAUUUACCAAUUGUCUCUAUCUAUAGGAUCUAGCUAGAUAAUUGCUUUUCUAGUGGUUUCGACGGAAAUAAAGACUAUGAACAUACUCAUCAUAAGUAAAGUAGAUUUACAUGGCAUCAUUGGAAGAGAAUAUCGCGGUUUAUCGAAACACAUCUGUAAACCUAGGCCAAAACUAUAGCAAGACAUGAAAACAGGUUUAAGAUGCUUGAGGUACAAGAUAAUUGAGGAAAAGUGAAUUAUUUAAUUGUGCACUAGUACAAAUUAUCAUGAUUUUGACACGCAUUUUGCAAAAUACGUGGUGUGCAUGUGCAUACAUAAGCCAAAAUGAUAAUAAUUUAAAUAAUAUUUAAUUUGUUAUUUUAUAUUAAAUAUUAUUUUGGAAUAUGUUUGCAAUAAAUAAACUCCGUUAAUUAUGCGAUAUGUAGUAAUACGCGCAUCUAUGUAUCAAAUACAUUGGAUAUCGAGAUGAUUCAAGCAUUAACGAGGAAACGGUACACUUUCAAUAAUAUCCUUUAAACUUGAACAUGUGAGCUCUAUCAUCAACUCUCGCUGUAUGCAUCAGUGAUCUCACAUACAUAUGAUAAACAAUGGACAAACAACACAUAAGAUUGGCCUAAACAUUAUCGCUUUAAGGUUAAAUUCAUUAAUAUUAGUUGUGUAUCAUAUUUCCUGUAACAUGUAUUAUCUUUUCUGUUUAAAUGAUAAUUAGAUCACAUAUGGCAAAUGUCAGUACAUACUGUACAACAGUGGAUGAUUUUGAAGAACAGCUAAACUCGUCUUUUUGCAUUUAUUAGCUUGGACCAAAAACAAAUGUACAUUACAAACUCAUGUUAUUUCAGUGUACGCUCAAGGUAUUACACCUUUUGUUAACGUCAUACAGUUAGAUAUUUUGUUUCAAAAACACUGUUCACAUGGAUUACAAUGUAACAAGAAAUAUCUUUAAAAAAUCUUUAAAAAAUAUAUACAGCGUUGAUAGUUCAAUGAAUGAGAUCAAGGAUAGCGAAUGUCUUUUUUAGUGCAGUUCUUAGCGGGAUGUUACGCGGAGUUUUCGCGGCUUAUUUUACAUUAUUACAUAUUGCUGGUCAUAAACGUAUAGAUACAAAACAGUCAACCAAAAGAAGAAUGGAAGUGAAAUUAAAACAUAUGAGUCAACCGGCCACACGCGAAGUAUCCGUAUUUCUUCGAACAAACCUUUUCUAGUGGUUUGUCGGGCAUUGCUAUUUGAUUCGAUUAUUAACAGUAUCGAGAAUCAUCGCGCUCAUUCUUAAUACAUUAGCCAAUAUGGUGGAAUAAUUAUUGUUAAAUUAAUCAUCAAACAUAAUAUUUAUCAUUGUAUUGUUGAACACACAUUAGGAAACUAUUAUUGACAUACCAUAAUUAUAUUGCUGAAUAUCCUCAUUUAACAUAUUUCUGGUCUAAAGAAAAUUCCAGGUCACCUAUUUCACGGAUAGCGUCUUUAUUAUAUAACGAUUAUUUUACUGGCCGCGAACUCCGGUGAUGACCUGUAUAUAAACUCUGACAUUCACACACUGGCCGCGAUUGACCCGAUACCUCGCGGGUUGAAAUGCAACGCAUUCAAGUGAGGCCUCGGCUUCCACUGCAUGUUAACAUGUUGACAGGAAUAUGGAAGUAAGUACUAAAUAUGAGAACAUAGCCUUUAAGUAUAAACGCUUUUGCCCUGGCAAUCCUCUGAAAAUAAAAGGUGCACGCACAAACUGUAUUGAUGUCGAGAAUUGAGUGUAAAACUGUUACGCCUUUUCAAUAGAGAUACAAUUGUUUCAUGCAGUAAAACAGUGCUACAAAGACGCGGAUAUGUUUCCAAUGUUCUGGUGGUAUACUCAAAUCAGCCAAUGGAAUAAAUGAAGUGUAUUCAUUCGUACCUAGCCGCGGGAAAUUUAAUUGAAUUUUAUUGGACACUUACAAAGGUCAGGUAAGGUGAAAAGCUGGCUUAAUACAGCUACGCCGAAAAAUAAAUGUUUCUGUCAUAUAACAUAUAUUCUUAUAUGAUAGUCGGUACUGUUUUUAAAACGCACUGUCGUUAUAAACCCGCCUGUUAAUAACGCGAAACGGAUCACCGAAACUGAGGACAAUAUAUUAUAAAAUUAGCUCUUAACUCAUCUGCACAAAUAUUUUCCGUAUCAUGUGAAAACUGAGUAUAUUGCCAUAAAUACAUUUAUAAAAUUUCGUGGAUGGAUAAUGUUCACAUGCGUGCAGCUCUAUGUUGAUUAAUUAUUAAAUGACUGCAUACAUUUUAGGAGUCAUAUUACACAUAACAUUUUAUCGAGUAACCUGAGUUGCUACGAAAUGUUCAGUAUUUUAACUUAAGGUUUUUAGAAAUGGAAAACGACAUUUUGAGUUUCUGUUCGUACUUGUCUUACUGCCAUGGUAUUCUGCAUCCAAAAUAAAAGUUUAAGAAAUACCGAACAAUAAAGGAUUGUCAACCAUUGCAAAUUUUAAAUUUUCUAUAUUUCUUUAUAUUUGUUUUUUAUAACCAUUUGUUUGGAAAUAUCUACUUUAUGAAUAUUAAUCAAGCAUGAGUUUUUUGUCACAUAUUUUUACAUAAAUGCAUUAUACAUGCAUGUAUGAUAGUACAUGAGAUGUGAACAGUAGAGCUAAGUUAAUAAAAGCAACCAAGUGUUGUUAUCUCCUCUCGGUAGACCAUGAAAAACACCAAUCUGUUGUCACAAAUCUUUAAUAAAUAAUGUUUCACAUAAUAACCGCAAACGGAAAAUACCAAAAUUGUCACUUAAAAUGCGUUUUUCAAUAAUGUAUAAGACGUGGUGAAUUUUGAUUUGAGAAACAAAUAUACUUUUCGCACAUGUGUUAUGUCAUUGAACGUAUUUAUUAACAACACUAUAUUAUUUGGAAUAGUCUAAAAUAGUUUAAAUAGCUAUAAAAACUUUGAUUUUAAGAAUUCUUUCGACGGGAAUCCCUUGACUUCUCGACAUGAAAGUAUAUUUUUUAUCUUUACACCACAGUGUUGCUUGACGGAAAUUUACCAAAUAAGGCGAUAUUACAGCACGUUGAUUACUAGUUUAAAUUCUUAAACCAAACGUAUGCUUUAUCUAAGAAAUGCAGGAAUAUGUGUUAAAAAAGACAAGUUUUGUAAGAAUGCGAAUUCUUGCGUGCAAAUAUGACAUAUCAUACAGUUUUGGAGGAAUCAAUACAACUGUGAGCAAUUAUGACGAAUCAUACAGUUAUGAAUGAAUGCUUUUAAAUGUGUUUAAAUAUGAAAGAUCAUACAUUGUUUAACUUUGUUUUAAAACAUAACAGCAUUUCAUAUUUUCAACACAUACGUGGAGGAAACAUCUCCUGGUAAUAGAAAGAAAAAUAUAACAGUACCAUUGUAUCAUUACCUGAGAAAUUAUAACAUCUUAAAUGACCCACAAGUUAAGUCAAUAUUAACAUUUUGGAAUGCAGCUCCUCAUAUUUUGCAUUGAAUUGGAUAUUUGCUACCGACAGUCAAGUAUUAAUUAUGUACACAUAACUUUAAAGAUCAUUUAAGUUGGAAAACUAUUUUGAUAUCCUACCUGAAAGUCUAAGACUUUAUUUUCACUUACAAAUGCAAAAUGUUAUGUUAAGUAACAAUCGCAUUGCUAGGGAAUAAGUAAAUUGUAUGUUUGAUUACUAUGUGCGAUACUUUCGAUGGUAUGACUACUUCUAUUGCACAGGGCGUUUCAUAAAUGUGGUAUGUGCAAGGCGUAGUACAUAAAUAAGGUGUGUUCUGAUUGUUCUUUCGUAAAAAGCGAUCAAUGGACAUACCCCCUCUGUAUCAGUAUCAAUACGAAAUAACAACAAAGUUGUUGAAAUAAAUUUAAGUUCGUUUGAUGAGGUAACGCACAAUCAAAUUUAAUCUUUCAUGCGUUUGGAGAGUUUUGAUUUAAACCCAGGUAACUUAGUACAAGCCAGUUAAUCGGCUGGCUGGCUGAACAUUGGUCUCGAAAUAAUUUAAAUAAAUAAAAUCGACUUGCUUGAAAUAAUCGUAAUCAAUAAUUAUUAACUCUUUAUAAAGAGUAAGCAAAGCGGAACUUAAGCUGCAUCAACUUGCAAGAAACCUUAUAAUUGCGCGAGGUCUUUAUUUAUGGCUAGAUGGCCAAAUCAGUAUGACCAUAUUUUAUAUUAAGUUACUUAAGGUUAUACACACUUUCAAACAGCAUUAUGGCAUUUAAACAAAUUUCGUUUUCGUUUAUGUUAAGAUGUUAAUAAAAUGCCAAUUAUCACUAUAUACAUUACGCAUUGGUCCUUACCAACUUCCUGUUGAACUUUCUUUUGAGUAAUAUAGUUCUGGGCUCAUAUUUAUAUUUGGAAGUGGAACUAUUGGCCAUUUGCAGAUACCAUAUGCAAAAAUAUUAUUGUCGUAGCUUUUAAAAAUCCAUUAUAACCUGUACCUGUAUUAUAAUUUCAGAUCAUUCUCUUCCAGUUUCUUUUUUGUUUUCUAUGUAUUUUUUGUAUGUCUAUAUACAUUUCCAGUAUCACCACUGUGCUUAAUAUUUAUUACAGUUUAAGGCAAGGGAUAUGGAUCUUUAUUAGAUGGUACCGAACAAUCAUUAAAUGAAACACUAACUGUUAUACAAGAUUUUUCAAAUAUUUCAGGUCUUAAUGUUAAUUUUGACAAAACUAAUGUUGAAUGGAUUGGAAAACAAAAAUAUAGUUCUUAUCCCAUAAAAACAAAAUGGAAAUUAAAUUGAAUGCAAAACAGUUUUUAACUGCUUGGAAUAAAUUUUCAUGUCGACCUGUCAAAAUUAUUUCAAAUAAAUUACACUGAGAAAAUUGUUAAAACGGUGAAAUAUCCUGAAAAAUUGGAAAAGAAGAAUUUUAACACCAAUUGGUAAGAUUGUUAUUGUGAAAACACUUAUUGUGUCAUUAUUCAAUCACUUGUUCAUAUCACUGCCUAACCCACCCAAUACCAUGUUACAUUCAAUAAAAUCUUCUAUUCUGACUUUUAUUUGGGAUGGUCAGAGUAAAAUAAAGUUUUCAACAAUAGUAAAGGAGUAUAGUGAAGGAGGUUUAAACAUGAUACAUUUUGAUGCAUUUAUUCUUACAUUAAAACUUACCUGGUUGAAAAAAAAAUCAAUCCUUAAGAGGAAAUUGGAUAUAUAUAUAUAUCACAACUGUACUUUGAUUCUUAUAAACUUUUUUUAUUGCAGUUAUCAUUAUGCUUUGAAUAUAUCUAACAGAAUUUCAAACCCUUUUUGGGUAGAUGUUUUAAAAAGCUUCUCACUUUAUGGUAGUUAAUUAGAUAUAAAAGCAGAAGAAUUGUUGUAUUAUCCACUUUUUUAUAAUCCAAAUCUAUUGUUACGAAAUACAAGUUUUUUCUUUAAGUCAUGGUUUGACGCUGGAAUUCACUGUAUAGGUGAUAUAUUCAAAAAUGGAACCUUUAUUUCUGUUGAUGAUUUGAGUGAAACAUACAGUUUGAAAAUCAAUUACAUACAUUAUAUAGGGGUGAUAAGAGCAAUAGAAAAAUUUGUUAAAAAAUAUUGUUUUUCCUGUCCCACCCAACAAAUGAUUAAACCUUUUUUGCCCCCAUUAUUACAACUAAUAUUAAAACAGGAAUCCGGUGCUAAAAGACUAUACAAUAUUGUAAAUAGAAACAAUGAACAACCUUCAGUUAAAGCAAAAUGGGGUAUAAAACUCAAUACCAUAA